GGAUGGAUGUCUGUGCGUGGCGUCGGGUCGGGGGCUCGGGCCCCUAUUAAUUCCACCGCACCCCGGGCCGGUCUCCGAACCGCCGCGCACGCACAACACAAGCACCAACCAACCAACCAACCAACUAAACCGCCAACACCGCGCGCAAAGGCACAGCACAGAGGUUUCGUCCCCAUGGCGCGCCCGGUGUCGUCGUCGACGGCGAAGGCAAUGUCGGUCGUGGUGGUGGCGCUGCUCCUCGCGGCGUCGUCGUCGGCGGUGCUGGCCGUGCACGACUACGGCGACGCCCUCCGCAAGAGCAUCCUCUUCUUCGAGGGCCAGCGGUCCGGCCGUCUGCCACCCACCCAGCGCCUCCGGUGGCGCCAGGACUCGGCCAUCCACGACGGCGCCGACGCCGGGGUGGACCUGACGGGCGGGUACUACGACGCCGGCGACAACGUGAAGUUCGGCUUCCCAAUGGCGUUCACGGCGACACUCAUCUCCUGGGGCCUAAUCGACUUCGGCCGGAGCUUCGGCGCGCACGAGUCCGACGCCCGCGCGGCGCUGCGGUGGGCGACGGACUACCUGCUGAAGGCGACGUCGACGCCGGGGGUGGUGUACGUGCAGGUCGGGGACGCGUCGCGGGACCACGCGUGCUGGGAGCGGCCGGAGGACAUGGACACCCCGCGGACCGUGUACAAGGUGGACGCGUCGCACCCGGGCUCCGACGUGGCCGCCGAGACGGCGGCGGCGCUGGCGGCGGCGUCCAUCGUGUUCCGCGAAGGCGGCGGCGACCCAGGGUACGCGGCGCGGCUCCUGGAGCGCGCCGUGGAGGUGUUCGCGUUCGCGGACGCGCACCGCGGCGCGUACAGCGGGAGCCUCCGGGACGCGGUGUGCCCCUGCUACUGCGACUACGACGGGUACCAGGACGAGCUGCUGUGGGGCGCCGCGUGGCUGCACAGGGCGUCCCGCCGGAGGGAGUACCGCGAGUACAUCAAGAGGAACGAGGUGGCGCUUGGUGCUAGCGUCUCCAUCAACGAGUUCGGCUGGGAUAACAAGCACGCCGGCAUCAACGUCCUCAUCUCCAAGGAGGUGCUGAUGGGCAAGGACGAGUACUUCCGGUCGUUCCGUGAGAACGCCGACAACUUCAUCUGCAGCCUCCUACCGGGCAUCUCCGGCCACCCUCAGAUCCAGUACUCCCCAGGUGGCCUCCUCUUCAAGGUGGGCAACAGCAACAUGCAGCACGUGACGUCGCUCUCCUUCCUCCUCCUCGCCUACUCCAACUACCUCAGCCACGCCGACGCCCGCGUCUCCUGCGGCUCCGGCGCCUCCGCCGCGUCGCCGGUGCAGCUCCGGCGCGUGGCCAAGCGGCAGGUGGACUACAUCCUGGGCGACAACCCGCUGCGGAUGUCGUACAUGGUGGGUUACGGGCCGCGGUACCCGCUGCGGAUCCACCACCGGGCGAGCUCGCUGCCGUCGGUGUCGGCGCACCCGGCGCGGAUCGGGUGCAAGGCCGGCGCCGCCUACUACGGCAGCCCGAGGCCGAACCCGAACCUGCUGGUGGGCGCCGUCGUGGGCGGGCCCAGCAACAGCACCGACGCGUUCCCGGACGCGCGGGCCGUGUUCCAGCAGUCCGAGCCCACCACGUACAUCAACGCGCCGCUGCUCGCCCUGCUCGCCUACUUCUCCCAGCACCCCGACCCGGCCCAGCACUGACUGGGCCGGCGUUGUGGGUGGGCUUCUACUGUCUCGGUCCGUAUUGGUGGGCCUUUAGCAGGCCUCAGCUAUUUUCAGCUAUAGUAUGCGGCCAGUAGGUGUCUGAAUCGUCCCCGUUGCUGCUGCUCGUGGUUGGUAUUUUGCUGUAGUAUGUAUUGGUGAAUUUGGUAGGAGAUAUCGUCGUUGUGCCGAUCCAUUCCUGUAAAAAAUGGCAGGAACGAGGAUUGGUCCUAGUGUGUUGUACUCGUACUAUGUAUGCCCCCAGGUGUGAUGACAGACGCCUAUUACCUGUCUUCCUUUGGAAUGAAUAGUAAUAAGCUGUUAGUAGUAUUGCUAAGAUGAAACCGCCUACCCAUGAAAUGAAGCGAGGUGUAGUGUAGUAUUGUGAAA